AUGGUGACCAGGGAUUGUAACCGCAGGCCCUUUUUCACCGUGUUUGAACUAGUUGAAGCCGACGACAGGAUGACAAAUUCCAUGUGCAAGUGGGUGGAGGCCACGAGCUUAGGCGACUAUGCCUUGUUUCUGGGGGCGACAUGCACCAAGGUGGUGCACGUGGUGGCGGGCGGGGUGUGGCGGCGUGAGAAGAAACCACAUCUACUAUUUCGACCACAGGGCAAAGGUGCACUGGACGAACUCACCCUCAUUCAGCAAUGUUUGUGCAAUGCAAUUGGUGUGCUACCUCUUCCAUUGCCACCAUAUAUACUUCAUCCGUUUGCUCAGGAGAAGAGAUGGACCCAAUCGUCUCGAUUCGCCAUGGCCGCCUUCCGCCUCCUCUUCCUCGUGCUUGCCUUGGCCUUCAGCUGCAACAGCGCUGUCGCCGCAACGGUUGACAACCAGCCGCUGCCGCAGCAGGAGGCCUGCAUGGCAUCCACUUCUUCCUCGUGCCCGGAAGCCACCGUCGACGCCAAGGCGCUCAAGGAGGAGGCCAGCUUGAUGUACAAGGAGAAGGUCGGCGCGUUCUUCAGACAUGAUGGUCGCAACAUCCAGGUCGACUUCGUCCUCCCCGCCAGCAACAGCGAAGUCGCCGUUGGGGACGAGGACCUGCAGCUGAGGCAGGAGGCCAUGGCGCAGGCCAUUACCGUGCUCUCCCGCCACAGUCCAGAGACCACCGACGCCAAGACGCUCAAGCGGGCGAUGGGGGUGGUGAACCUCGAGGCCCAGCGGUGGAAGCCCAUCUUCAGGGCCGUCAACAGGGUGCUGGAGAGCGGCGCCGACGACCGCACCAAGGAGGAGGCGUUCACCCAGGCCAGGGUGCAGCUCAACCGCGACCUCGGCCAAGAAGGUCCCAACGCCCUCAAGCUCGACUUCCGCUUUCUGUGA